AUGGCUCUAGAUAGUGUGUGGGCUCAACAGACCGCAGUCAUAGGGGACGGCCCUGACAAAGUGGGCGACCAGGUCUCCCUGCAGACGGCCUCCCUGAAAGAUGGUCCUGCCAAACGGGCAGUAUGGGUCCGCCACGACAAGUCCGAGCCCGAGGGAUCGACAAAGGCCAAAGGGCCCAGGGAAACGUGCAAGACAGAGGUGACCAGAGCCGUGGUUGUGGACCUUGGCACCGGUUACUGUAAGUGCGGUUUCGCUGGGCUGCCCGCCCCUAGCCACAAGAUCUCCUCGACCGUGGGCAAGCCCUACAUGGAGACCGCCAAAACGGGGGACAAUCGCAAGGAGACGUUCGUGGGGCAGGAGCUCAUCAAUCCGGACGUCCGUCUCAAGCUGGUGAACCCCCUGCGCCACGGCAUCAUCGUGGACUGGGACUCGGUGCAGGAUAUCUGGGAGUAUCUCUUCCACCGGGAGAUGAAGAUCGCCCCGGAGGAGCACGCGGUUCUGGUGUCGGACCCCCCGCUGAGCCCACACACCAACAGAGAGAAGUACGCCGAGAUGCUCUUCGAGACCUUCAGCACCCCCGCCAUGCACAUCGCCUACCAGUCCCGCCUGUCCAUGUACUCAUACGGGAGGACCUCCGGCCUGGUGGUGGAGGUGGGCCACGGCGUGUCUUACGUGGUCCCCAUCUACGAGGGUUACCCUUUGCCCAGCAUCACUGGACGGCUGGACUACGCGGGCGCUGACCUCACCGCCUACCUGAUGUGCCUCAUGAACAAUUCUGGGAAGCACUUCACGGAGGACCAGCUGGGCCUUGUGGAAGACAUCAAGAAGAAGUGCUGCUUUGUGGCCCUGGACCCCUGUGAAGAGCCAAACGUCCCCCCGCUGGUCCGGUACAUUCUGCCCGACGGCCAGGAGAUUGUCCUGGGCCAGGAGCGAUACCUCUGCUCCGAGAUGUUCUUUAAGCCCUCACUCAUCAAGUCCAUGCAGCUGGGCCUCCACACCCAGACGGUGUCUUGCCUUAACAAGUGCGACGUGGCCCUCAAGCGGGACCUCAUGGGCAACAUCCUGCUCUGCGGGGGCAGCACGAUGCUCACCGGCUUCCCCAACCGCCUGCAGAAGGAGCUGAGCAGCAUGUGUCCCAACGACGUGCCGCAGAUCAGCGUCCUGCCCGAGAGAGACUCCGCCGUGUGGACCGGAGGCUCCAUCCUGGCCUCGCUGCAGGGCUUCCAGCCGCUGUGGGUCCACCGCUUUGAGUAUGAGGAACACGGGCCUUUCUUCCUCUACAGGAAGUGCUUCUAA